CGGAAGCGUUACGCAUUUUCUGUUACGCAAAAUUAAUUUCCACAUCAAAGAUUAGAUAGCUGCGUACAUGAUAUAUCAUUAUUGGUUAUAUAUAGCCAAUCAUAUCUUUAUAUUAUUAUUGAAUUAUUACUUCUGACUCGGAAAAUGUUAUCAGAUUUUCAGAAUGUUAUUAGAUAAUAUCAUAUCUUGCUGAAGCACCUGGAACUCCUGGAAGAGCGCGAAAUCGAUUAGCUAAAGAUCGCGUUCUAAUCGCUUUGAAACAUUAUUCGCGUCGACUGGUAAUCUGCCGGUGUCAGUCGUGGUCAGCCGGCAUUUUAGUGGAGCGAGGAACGAAGCUUUGUCAACAAUUGUCAAAUAGAUAAAGACGAUCGUCACUCGCAGAAUAGCUCGAGACAAGUCAAUUGGCCAGCAAAAAAAUUCCCGACAUCAUGGUCCUGAUGCCGAAGGAGUCCGCGAAGCUGGUCGCCGGCUUGGCGAAGGUUGUGUUCAUCGAGGAGGCGGGCGUGAAGAAGCUGGCACUGGCGGUCCUCGACGGUCUGAAAACCGGUAAGAUCCGCGAGGGUAAUUUCUCGCAAAUCAAAUACCAUCCGAAACCCGAUGAUCCCAGGGCGGCGGACUGGAUAUUCGUGCUGGACACGUUGAACUUCUCCUUCUGGACGGAGACGGGCGCGAAGAAGUGGCGGGUCAACGGUGAGACCGGCUACUUCGCGUUCUGCGCCGCCGUUAGCCGGGCGAUUGACCAGGGGAAACCCAUGUGGGAUCCCAAGUAUUACUCGCGGAUAACGCAGCAGGACGCCGAGGUGAUUUUCCGCGGCGACGACGACGAGGUCGGCAUUCCGCUUAUACACAACAGAGUCAAGGGUCUGCGGGAGGCCGGGAAGGUUCUGCUGGACAAGUACAAGGGCACGUUCGCGGAGUGCGUCAAGUCGUGCGAGGGCUCCGCGAAGAAGCUGCUCCAGCUGAUUGUCAACGAGUUUGAGUCGUACCGGGACGAGGCCGACUACGAGGGCCACAGGAUCAGCAUCUACAAGAGGGCGCAGAUACUCGUCGGCGACAUCUGGGCCUGCUACGAGGGACGCGGGCUCGGCGAGUUUCGCGACAUCGACAGCAUCGCGAUGUUCGCCGACUACCGUAUCCCCCAGGUGCUCGUGCAUUACGGCGCUAUGCGCUACAGCAACUCGCUCAUGAGCAAGCUGAGGUCCGACGAGCCGUUGAAGCAGGGCAGCAAGGAGGAGGUCGAGAUACGCGCCUGCUCGAUCGAGGUGGUCGAGCGGGUGUGCGACGAGGUGCGAAGAUUGAUCGCAGCCGAUUCGAAAUUGGACUUGAAUCCGACGGAUGUCAACGCGAUCGUCAUCGAUCACUAUCUGUGGGACUAUCGGCGACAGUACGCGGAAGAACUGGAGCACAUACCGUUCCACAAAACGAGAACCAUAUACUAUUAGAGGAUUGCGCAGGACGCACAAAAAUAUCGCCUGUCGAAUGGAAAAGUCGAAAGUUUUCAUAUACUUAAUUCCAGAAAUUAAAUUACAUCCUGUUCCUCUUCAGCUAAUAAUUUAAUAUAUUUUUGUACUGAAUUAUAUGUAAGAAAGCGAGACGAAAUGGAAUAAAGUUUAUCACAUGUUCCAGGAUAAACAGCUCUUUCAAACGUUA